GAUGCGGCUGCCGAAGACCUCACGAUCCCCUUGAGGACAGACGGGGACAGACGACCCGACCCGUUUAUUUAGACCCCUUCACGCUCCUCCACCGCCAACUCCGGCUUGGCAUCCCCAGGACCCCCAGCUCAGCGGACAUGGACAGCGCUAGUGCUAGAUAGCAGGAACACACCACACAACGGUCACUCCGCCGAACGCCACAGCUAAAGACCAGCAACACAGCCAAAGAAAUAAUAAAAAAUAAAAAAUAAAAAUAAUUUAAAAAAAAGUCACAAAAAGUCAAAAAAGUCACAAAAAGUCCAAAAAAUUUUUUUGAUUGGUUCGAGGCACAGGAAAAACAAGUCAGGCAGCGGGCAACCUUUCAGGUGUAUUUUUCGGAAACACACACACACACAAUUGAAACAUAAUACUGAUAGUCAUCACUAGUCCAGUCCGAUAGAUAGCAACACAAAGGCCUUGAAAAUGAAAACGUGCCAUCAUGUUCGCUGAUUAUACUUUGCAGAGCUGUGAAGAAGUUCCUUCCUCAGCAGAUAGGAGUGACUCAAGACUCAUGAUUAAAUACAGCCAACAGUCAACUCAAGGCUUUAACUCAAGGUAGGCGGAAAUUCUAUCCUUCAAGAAUGGGGAUAGAGUUAAAACCAGAGACUUGCAUUCAUAGGCACACCAUGGCUGGCACAGAUUGCUCGCUCAACUCGCAUCAAGCUGUCGAUGCUAAAAUGAAGCGACAACCUUCGCUGCCUUCCAGUGGUCACAAUGGUGUAUUGCAGCACACAAUUCAGUCUGUCAAUCCUUCCUAAAUGAUUAUAUUUUACAAACCUGUACAAUUGAAUACCAUUCGCUUCUAUGUAAACAACGCAGCAGUGUUUUGCAGUGUAUUUCUAGGGUUUCACAAUAAAAGGGGAAAUAUUGUGCUGCAGUCCUCCAUUUUUACCACCGGAGGGCAGUGAACAUGAUGUAAUAUCGGAUCACGUCAUCAAAUAUUUGCUUAGUGGAUUUGAUAUUUAUCUCGUGUCAGUAAGAUAAUAAUUUUGAAUAAAGAUAGCUAAGAUUACAAAUAACGCAGCAUUCAAUUUAUACCUACUGUUGAAUCAACCAGUAAACGUGUCGGCACAUUGCAGGUGUCAAACUGUUAGAACGAAGAACUUCAGGAUAGCAUAAUUAGAGAAUAUUUCAUUUAUUUUGAAAGUAAUUUCCGGAAGCAGUACUGUCUUUAAUGAUGCUAAUUUGACUAUUUUUUUCUGUAGUUCCGUCUUUAUGGCCGCCAGAUGGCAGUAACGACACAUGUUUCUUUAAACAACGUUAACAGCGUUAAAGUUUAACAGAAAUUCAAUGGCACUUUGUUCCUAGGUGAGUAAUUUAUGCUUUAAAAAAAAAAAAAAAAAAAAAGGUUUUAAGCCCCUACAUGGCCAAACAAAUAAACCACCUCUACAAAAGAUUCUAAAUAUUUACCACUACUACUUAUCACUACAAGGUGGGUUCCUUUUUUAAUAAAAAUCCUUCUUUGUUUCUACUUUGUACCACAGAUAAUAUCCACAUUUUCUGUGAGAUAUAGCAAGAAAAUCUGCAAGUUUAUUUAGAGCCUACUUAUGAAUGAGAGGAGUGUGAUGUCAAAAUGUUUAUUUCUGUAUUUGGGACGUCCCACCACCCCAUGUCCUUCCUGAGCACUCCUAUAAAACUCCCAGGACUCCGAGCCCUGCAGCAGACCUCAAAGUGUGUCCACGCUGAGCAUCCAGGAUGACUGGGAUUACUCUGAUCCUUCUGUUUCUAGUGUUUCCCCUUUACAACACAGAGGAGCAUGGUGUUAAUGAGCUGUACACCCUAAUUGAAAAGGGUCCAAGCAGCUUUGCGGAUCCAGCUCCGAGCAACCAGAGCAGGGUGCUGGUUAAGGAGCCCUCCCUGCCCAUCAACGAGCUCCUGGAGAAAAGCAGCAAGACCAGCGAGUCCAAAUUUAACCUCCACCCUCUUCCCUCUGCUGUGUGGCCCAAGCACAGCGACCUGGCCCCCAUCCCUCGCCACCACAGCCCCAAGAGCAAAAAGGGCCCCAAGAGUGACCGUCUGGUGGAGCACAACAGUGAGAAAACCAGAGGAGAGGCUGCUGGUCUGCUUCCCAAAACGCAGCUGACAGCGGCUUCAGGUGCUGCCACAAACCGCUCGGUGCAGAAGACCAAUCAGGACACCCAGGUCAACAUCAGCCCACCUCAGCAGAGCGAGCCAGAGGGACACCCCAACUCCAGACCCAGAGCUCCACCCCACACACAAAGUCAGAAUCAGCCGCAGCAAACGGCUGCUUCCCCGCGUAGAGAUCCCCCCAACCGACGGCUGGACCCAGAGGAGAACCGGCCUGGGAAGUCCAGCCUCUAUCAGUCUGGUAUCAGCACAUCCGCCCGGAACAACAGCCGCCCGUCGGUCAUCUUCAACCGCCACUCCUCCAGCCUGCUUUACCACUUUGACCUCUUGAGGCGAGAGUCCGAUUUUACGCAUGACGCCUUCUGCAUGAGUGAGUGCAGGAAGGAGAAGGAGGAGAGAGAGUAUUACUGCUACAGUGAGUUUGCUGUCAACGGGGUUGUCCAUGACAUUGACGUGGUGCGUAAAGGAAUACGGCUCAUCACGCUGAUGGUCAGCAGCGACGGCUUCUACAAGAUGAGCCGUCUGUACGUGACCCCAGACAGCUUCUUCUUCAAAGUGCGCCUCCUGGUCCUGGACACCUACAAGUGCAGCAAGCCCUGCCCAGAUAUCAAACUCGGGACCAGAUACAUUGUCAUGGGUCAGAUCUACCACCGGAGACGCCAUCUUCCCACCGACCUCCUGAACCUGCUGGGUGGCAGACUGAAACCUGGGGACGGCCUCCUACGCAGCAGCAACUACGUCAAGAGGUACAACAAGCGGAGACACCAGAAAGCUCUGGAGGCCACACGCUCCAGGUGUAGGUGAACCAGAGACGUCACUAUCGCCCCCUACUGCAGGGGAAGAGACAAUGCAGCUGAACUGAUCUUAGCUAACCCCUCAGUAUUGUGUGCGGCAAAAGAAAAAGGCACGGAUUUACUUUCACAUGGACUGCUAUGGUGUAUUAUAAUACUGUCUAAUCUUUUUUUUUUUUUUUUACUUUUUACCAAUUAGUUCCCAAAGUACUGACUUGUGGUCUCUUUGACAGAAAACGCCAGCAGCUUCAGUUAAAUGGAUUUUUCGCUGUAACGUCUGGGACAUCUAACUUCCCAGACGAGCGUCCCUUAGGGCCACUGUUAUUUCUCAAAAUAGCUUCUCCACUCUAACUCCUCAUUCAUUCAUGACUGGUUCAUGAGAAAUUAACCGGCUCAACUUUUAAAGGGAAAUUUGGCUCAUCUGAAAUUCAUUUUGUCACUAAAUUAACUUAGAUGAUCAGAAUAUUUAUUUUUCUUUCCUUUUUUGUGCAUUUGAAACAAGACAGUGUUUAUUUUCUUCAUUUAAAAAAAAAACAGUCAUUAUGUUAAUUUAAUUAAAACCAUGAUGCAAUUGUACAAAUUCGAAAUGUUUAAGUUGUACUCAUUGCUUAAAUUAGUCACAGAUGCUUCUAAGAUCAUGUGAAAGCAAACUUUUGUAUUGCACUAAACAGAAUUGUGUUGUAACAGUCCAUUGCAUAAUGUUAGAGUGGCUGAUAUUUGUGAGCAGGAAAUGCAAUAUUAAGGCAGGGAAUUAAGGGCCUACAAAAUAGCAGCAAUAUCCCAGUGGAGGAUGAAGAAUAGAAAGAAGGAGAUGACGGAGGAGGGACGUAUCAGGAGGGUAUUUUUCUAACUUUAAUUAUGUGUCUAUGAUGACAUGUCGGCCUGAGUAGUUCAGGACAUCAGAAGGGGCCUUGCCGAAUGAGGAGGAGGAGUUGUGGUUUUGUUGGAACAAAGCCAUAAAUUUAAUCACAGAAAUCUGAUCCCCAACACACCUGGACAUAUGAGUGAAAAGAAGCGGCUCCGUCACAGCUCGCCCUUUUUUUUUUCUUGCUGACACACAAAACACUUACUCCUCUGGGAUGCUCAGAAGCUAUACUGAAGUAUGUAGGCAGAAUCAAAGACAAAGGGAGGAGGUGGACGAAGAAUAAGGAUGGUUAUGUAAAAUGAUAGAGGCAGGGAACUGAAGAAAUAGAGGGGGUGUUGGGUCUUUCUUCCUAAAGGGAUUGCUUAUUAUUUAAUCGAAAAUCCCUGGCUUGAUUGUAGCACGACCCUGAGCUCAUGCUUCUUAUGAAAGGGGAAAGGUUUGCACUGAACGCUUCCAUUGCUUUACUAAACAUGAACUCAAUAAAAAAAGUGUAUUUGUUUUGUA